GUCUUUGAAUUUGAUAACUGAAGAAAAAUGCCGUGUUUUUUAAGCAUUAUUCAAAGCCCUAUUCAAGCUUUCCUCAGACCUGCUGUAUGGAUUCCUGGCCUCAACAGACUUCACAGUCACAGAGAAAAGUGGGUAGCCAUGAGUGGAACAGCGGAUCAAUUUAUUGAUGAACUAAUACAAGCUGUGGAUAGAGUUGCAGAAUCUGAUUCAAAGACUACAUAUGCAGUCAAGCAGGUUGAUCGUGAGAAACACAAGGUCCAGAUCUACAAUUGGACUUGGGCCGAGUGGCUAGAUGUGGUCGAAAUUGAAUUUAGAGAUGGAAUAGCAGGAGGAGUAGAAGCAAAGUGUUUCUCAUUCUCCAGUGGUUUCUUGCCAACUUGGUUCCCUCUGUGCUUUCUCUUCAAUGUGAUUCUGUUCUGGAUUCCUUUCUAUGAUAACAAAUUCAACUCUACCAGAUUGGAACGACUUAGAGUUUCCAUGGCAACUGAAUGCAUACUUGUCCCCAAGAAGAACAAGGAACCAAAUGAAACUACCCCUAUCGUGUCUGACAAAUUCACACCAACAACCUCCCCACCAAGACAGUCUUCGGCAAGUUUCACAGAAGCCACAGAUACGAGGCACAACACCAUGCCAACAGAGUAUUCUCAAGAGAAAACCACACUCACAAACAAGGACCUAGCUCCAGCAGCUGACACCGUGGUGGUGGUGGUACCCUCUGUGGAAGUUUUAAAUCCAGACCCUUCUGAUGGGAUUCAGACUGGGACUGCUGUGAAUAAUGCCAGUACAGCAAUAGAAGGUGCACCUAAUGAUGGGGAUGCUCUUCAAACAAGUCCAUCAGUUUCAAAUACAGAACCAGUCAAUACAUGAAAUUAAUUUCCAAUUUUGUUGAAGAGAAAGGACUCUGCUAAUUAACAAUAAGGGUCACUAUUGAGGUGAUACUAUUUUGAUGGGGUUAUCUCCCCCCCCCCCAAUUAUAUUUUAGAAGUAAGGUAGAACUCGACACAAUAUUUCACAAUUAUCCACCUCUGUCACCCCCCCCCCCCGAGAAAUAUAGUAUUUAGUAGUCGUAAGUAUGACCAUUAUUCAGUGGUUCCUACUAUCUUAAUGCCUACCAUCAGUCAUUAGUUCCAUUGACAGGUAGAGCCUACCAUGAUCAGAUCAUAGAUUAGAUGUACAAUGAAUAUAAAGAAGAACAUACAGUACCGGGUAUAUCAAUAAGCCCCUUUGACAGUACUGUUAGAUUAAUCAAAUCAAUGCCAUUAAUGUUUAAUGAUGAUUAUAAUAAUGACAUACAAAUUCAUAUAGUGCUUAAUGCAAAUGUUUUCAAUCAAUAUUUAACCCUAGCAAUGCCGGAUUCUUUUUGUUAAGUUUUGUUCCAAUUUUAGGAUGAACUUUAUGACGUUUGAGUACAUGGCAGGUUCCGAAGGUAUAUAACUCUUCAUUAGUUCAUGUACAAAGAAUGCCUCAAAACAUAUACAAAUUCGAUGCACUUUCUGUUUCAAGCCAAAAUUUAAAAAAAUUAUAUUUUUUUCCUUUUACCAACUGACAACAAAGAGUAUCAUGUUUCAAUUGGCAAAAUGGUCAAGAAUAAUUUCCAUUAAAUGAAGUAAUUGAAAUAAGCUGAUUCAUACAAAAUUAAUUUAUCAGAAAAAUAUAUUGGAGUUAUUUUGAUGUGAUAUUUUAUUCAUAGUAGAUUUUUUUUAUCAAAGAGGGCCACCUUUAUUUCUUGAUUUGGAGUAGAAUUCUGAUUUCAUGCAUAAAUAUUCAAAAUUAUACAAUUGUUCUUAAAAAUAUAUAUCUAUGCAUUUUUUAGAUAAUAUCAAAGGUGACACGUAUUCCAAUUUUCAGCAUGAUCACAACCAAGAUACUUGAACCCCACCUAGCUGUAUGGUCUACCAAAAUAUCCUGGCUUAGUCAGAGUUAAAACUGUAGUGAUAUUGAACUGUUACAUAUAAUCACACAUUGACUAACUCCAAUAAUAACAGAUAAAUUAUUUAAUCAUUUAAUUCAAUUUGGUAAUCUUAUUUAUCAUCAAGUGAUAAGUAUUUCAUCAGAAAGCUGAUAAUCAUAAUGGUGAGUUAAAUACAUAUUCACAUAAAGAUCAUACAUGACAUUAUUUAUACUUAGUGCUAAGAUAUUGUAUACAAUGUAAAGCAUUUAUUUCAAAAUAUUGUUGCAACAUACAUGAAUACAAUAUUUCUGAUACAAAAAUGUUGAAGAACCAUGUACUGUGCCAGUAUUACAUUCAAUUGUGCAAUUCAAAAACUUUGUAUGAAAUACAAAGUAGGAAAAAAAUGUUUGUUGUGCAUUGUUUAAUUCAAGAUUAAAUCAUUUAUUCAUGACAAUAUUUCUUUACCUACCCCCCCCCCCCAUGACAAUGAUAAUAAUAUAAUAAGAGACAUUCAGUGAUUCAAAUAGAGCAUUGGUGCUUUUUCCUGCAUGCUGAAUGAGGGUAUGAAAAUUUUUUUCAUAGCAAUAUGUACACCUAAGAACCUUAGCAGACAAUACUAGUAGAUUAUGUACAUGCAUGUACUUAACACCGUUUUGAAAUCAGCUUGUGGCAAUCAAGUUGUAAACUACAUUCCACUUUUUUUUAUUACUAGUAUUCAGAUUUGACACAUACAUGUAUGUAAGAAAAUGUGUUUAUGAUUCACUAGAGAUUAUUAAAGAAAGUUCUAUUUAUGUAUACAAGUGUGAUCAAUUACAUGUACAACAGCUUUGUUGCAAAAUCAAUGCCAAUAGAGAACAAUUCAAGAUGUAGCAUUAAUAAAUAUUCCCCAGUGCUCUCCUCCCUUUUCAAAAACUUGGUGAGGCUAAAAAUGUCUCUGCCGGGAAUUGAACAUAGGCUUUCAGCUGAGCAUGUCAGUGCCUUCAACCUCUUGACCAUCAUGACCUCAGAUAUGGGUUGGUGGCCAGGGUGAACCCAAGCUCAUUGACUGACAGAUAAAUAGAUCAAACUCACCAUUUAUGAGGUUUGAACAAGCUUCCAUUCCUCAGCUGGAUCCUUUUGUAUGCUUAGAUAGAAACAUUAUGUUUUGGAACAAAUUAUACAAGUAUAUAAGAAAAUCAUGUAUGAUACAUGUAUCAUACAUUGGCAAAUAAUGUUGCAAAGAGCACUUUUUUAUGCAGCAAUACAACUUCACUAUUAUUGUAUGGUUAUGGUUAUUGUUAUCCAUAAAAAUGAAUUUUUUUUUUUGUGGGGGGGGGUUAAAUAGAAUUAUUAACGUAAAGCCUUACACAGAUGCGUUUGGAAUUCUUUUCUUUUUCUCUUUUUAGAUUUCAGAUUUGCUCUAGGAAUUUAGAAUGCAGAAUUCAGCAAAAUUGAAUAAACUCUCAUUUUACAUGGUGCAAGAAUUGCAUUUCUUUAAAAGGUGCUGUAAGUUGAAAAUUGUGAAUGAAGUUGUUGUUAUCUACUUUUAUAUGUUAGUUUAUGCAGACAUUGUUUUAUUAAAUUGUGCCUUGAGAAAUGAUGAUUGAAAGAUCAGCAUUUUGCAUUUUAAAGGUGAAGUCCUCUCCAACAAGGAGUUGACUUGAAAAAUAGAGACUAAUAAGUAUAACAUUUAAAGUUUCAUCUGAAUCUGAUUCUUUUAUAUAUCUUCUUUUUAAUAUUCAUUUUAUUGCAAUACUGGGAACCCUUGGAUACCUUGUUUCCUCAUGGAACGUCUGUAGUUUUCAAUAUUCAGUUCAUUGAAAAUAUCUGAAGAGCUUCUUUAUCACCAAAGUUUUAAAAAAUGAAUACAUAGUGAAAUACAGAAAAAAAGUGAAUUUGAGAAUCUUUUCUACGUUUGUAUACAUGCCUAAGGCCAGGAUGUGUAGAUAAUUGUUUUGUGAAAUAAGCAAAAUUAAAACAUGGCUUUCGUGAUUUACAUAAUUCUGAUGUAACUUUGAUGUAUAUUUAUUCGAUUUUAUCAAUUCAUUCAAUCAACUUGUUGUUGGGGUAGAUUUUGAAGUAUCUGUUAUUUGUAUUUCAUGUUAAUGUUUUGAGAAACAUAUGAUUAAUAAUGCAUUUUUACCAAAGACGAAUUGAUAAGUACCUUUAUGCAAAAUAACCAUUUUAUACAAUUUUCCUAAGUGUCUUACAUGAAUAUAUUAUUAUUGUUGUUUUUUUAUUAUCAGAAUUUCUUUGAAUGUAACCAUGUUGUGUUUAUGUGAUUUGCAAUCACUUAAUACAACAAUACACCAGUACGACAAUACACCCUGUACUGUUUCCAGAAUAAGAAUAAUAAUUAUUUGUAAAUUUUGUAAUUCAAUUUAAUUUGUUAAAAUAAAAACAUAAUUAUAAAAACGAAUUUACUAACAACAAAUUGCAGCUAUUCAUGUUGUACAUUAUUUGAUAUAGAUAAUGUAAAGGAGUUGCCAAAUCAUGAAAAGUAGAGUAAAUAAUGGGAAUAUAAUUUCAGCUACUUAAUUAUAAUCAAUUCAAGCAUUUUUAACAAUAAUGAUAAUAAUAUAGGGUAUUUAUAAUGCGCACAUAUCCACCUUGUUAA